AUAUCAUUCUCGUUGUUGAACUGCAUACAACCUCUGAUGCAAAUGUCGUAUCCGUCUGCUUUGAUACCCGAGAAGCGCUCAAGAAGCUUGUUUCCAAGGUGUGGGCUGCAUGCUCGGUACGUAAUAUUGAUAGAACAAUCAAGGAUCUGGUUGAAGUGUUCUACAAUCUUUUCGUGGGCUCGACAAGAAAUUCCGAACUCUUGGAUCAACUGCAUGAACGCGAGAUUCUUUUUAUCAUCGUUGCUGGGAACAGGAAGAGGCUGGCUAAAAUCAAAGACUAGCGAGGGUGUGGUGCCUUCAAUUUCGUCAAUGACAUUCUCGCAUUCUUCUCCAAAAUCGUACUAUACUUACCCAAAAGCCAAGUUAGGAACCAUUGCUGAUGUAAACUGGCUUUGAUCAGGAAGAGAGACAGUUUGGGAAACUUCGCCAUUGGCAAGUAAUUCUGCCCUAUUUGUCAUGCAUCGUUCGAGACAUCUUUUAUAUGUUCGACUGUUAUUAAAGGUCGACUUGCAAGUACGGCAUUGGUAACGAGGGGCUUUUGUAAUUUUGGACAUGUUUGAGGUAGGUAAAAAAAAAACUUUGUUAUAUAAGUAAGAAUAGAAUUAAUUACUUUCUGAAUGUAUAGCUUUAUACUUAAUUAUAUAAAGACAAUGAUGUUAUAUGCAUUCUG